CAUUUAGAAUAACUUCUAAACUCUCUUUGGGUAAGUUAAAACUUUGAAGUUUUACUCGAUUAAAUUGUGAUAAAAAUUCAUCAAAUAGCUAGAUAAUUUCUAAGUAAGAUAAAAUAUCAGAUAAACGUUAAUCUACUUUUGGCUUCUUAUUACAAAAAAACUAAAAGAUGUUCAGGUCUAUUAGUAAACACAUCCUAUAUUUUGUUAAAAGAUUAUAAUAUGAAGAAACAUGUUCCUAAAAAUUAUAAAAAGUAUUUAUAAAUAUGCCAAGCUACAGAAUACUAGUGUAAAACACAGUAUAUAAUUACUUCUUCGUUUUCACAGACAAAAUCAAAGUCCAUGAGGGCUAAAAAUUCUAAUUAAUAUAUGUGAUUAAAGCUACUAAAAGUUAAUGAGGGAAAGAUCUUUGUAUUCAAAGAAAGUAAAAUGUAUGUUUUCAGUAAAGGAUACAUAAGGACUACAGAUAUUUUUAUUUGUUUUGUUAAAAAAUAUAAAUUUGUCUAACAGUACUAGAAAAAAAAAGGGAAGGAAGACGUGGAACAAAUUCUAAAUGUAAGAAGCAAGUGACAGAAAGUUUGUGAAAGUAAAAACCACAAGAAAAGAGUUUCAUACGUAGUUAGUGUAGGUAGCCUUCAGGGUGCUCAACACCUGAGAUAUGACAAAAGAAAUGAAAGAUGACCCAGAGAUGCAGAUGCAAGAUACCCUGCUCAUGGUGAUCCUCCAGUCUGCUCAAGGUCAGCCAAGGGAGAAGGAGAAGAUGCCAUGGUUGCAGACAUUCUUCUCUCCAGCAACUUUGGGGUCUUGAGCUUAUGUGGUUUCAGCUAUGCACGAGGAAGAAGCUCUAAAUGACAACCACCCUGGACCUGACCGCUUUGAACUGGACCAGACCCGCCAAGACCGCAAGCACAGGAAUGCCACCUAUGCCAAGAGGCGAAGAGUUGUACUAAAGUAUCUGGAAAGGAAGCAUGGCAGAUUUCAGGACUUUUCUCAGAAACACAAAACCAGCUUUCGGUACAUCUUCUGGGGCAUCUUAUUAGCUGGUUACCUGGCUGUGGUGAUCGCUGCGUGUGCCCUCAACUUUCACCGAGCCCUUCCUCUCUUCGUGAUCACCGUGGCUGCCAUCUUCUUUGUGGUCUGGGAUCACUGUAUGGCCAAAUAUGAGCAUCGAAUCAAAGAGCUCCUGUCUCCUGGCAGAAGGUUUCUGGACAGCCAUUGGUUCUGUCUGAAGUGGGUGAUUUGGAGCUCUCUGAUCCUGGGAGUUGUUUUCUGGCUGAUCUUUGACACUGCCAAAUUGGGCCAACGGCAGCUGGUGUCCUUUGGUGGGCUCCUAGUGUACGUUAUCCUGCUAUUUCUAUUUUCCAAGCACCCAACCAAAGUUCGCUGGAGGCCUGUCCUUGGGGGAAUUGGGUUACAGUUUCUUCUUGGGCUCAUAAUACUAAGGACUGGCCCUGGACUUAUGGCUUUUCAGUGGUUGGGCAAGCAAGUUCAGACCUUCUUGGAGUACACUGACGCUGGUGCUUCCUUUGUCUUUGGUGAGAACUACACAGACCACUACUUGGCAUUUAAGUACCUGCCAAUGCUCGUUUUCUUCACGGCCGUCAUGUACAUGCUCUACUACCUAGGACUGAUGCAGUGGAUCAUUAGAAAGAUUGGAUGGCUUAUGCUGGUUACUGUGGGAUCAUCUCCUAUUGAAUCUGUAGUUGCUGCUGGCAAUAUAUUCAUCGGAUAUACAGAGGCUCCACUGCUGGUCGAAGGGUAUAUAAAAGAUGCCACCAGGUCUGAACUCCAUGCAAUCAUGACCACUGGGUUUGCUACCAUCGCUGGGAAUGUCUUAGGCCCAUACAUUUCUUUUGGGAUUUCACCCACUCACUUGUUAACUGCUUCAGUUAUGUCAGCACCCGUGUCAUUGGCUGUGGCUAAACUCUUUUGGCCUGAGACAGAAACACCUAAAACAACUGUCAAGGAUGCCAUGAAAAUGGAAAUAGGUGAUUCGAGGAAUCUCCUAGAAGCCAUAUCACAGGGAGCAUCUGCAUCCAUCUCCCUGGUGGCACACAUCGCUGUGAAUAUGAUAGCCUUCCUGGCCCUGUUGUCUUUUGUGAACGCAGCCCUGUCCUGGUUUGGAAACAUGCUUGACUACCCACAGCUGAGUUUCGAGCUAAUAUGUUCCUACAUCUUCAUGCCGUUUUCCUUCAUGAUGGGAGUGGACUGGCAAGACAGCUUUAUGGUUGCCAAACUCAUAGGUUAUAAGACAUUCUUCACUGAAUUUGUGGCCUAUGAACGCCUCUCAAAAUUGGUGGAUUUAAGGAAAGAGGCUGGACCCAAAUUUGUGGAUGGUGUGCAGCAAUAUAUGUCAAUUCGUUCUGAGACAAUCGCCACUUACGCUCUUUGCGGCUUUGGCAGUAUCAGUUCCCUAGGAUUAGCGAUCAAGACUCUCACAAAUAUAGCAGAUUUCAGAAGGGAUGACAUCGCUGCAGUGGCAGGGAGAGCUCUGAUUGCAGGGACCAUCUCCUCCUUCAUCAUGGGCUGCAUUGCAGGCAUCCUUUCCAGCACUCCUGUAGACAUCAACUGCCAUCACAUUUUCGAGAACACCUUUGCCUCUGGCUUACCUCAAAACACAACCGAUGUGGUGUCCUGUUGCCAGAGCCUACUGAGCAGCACUGUUGCCGUGGGUCCUGGGGAGGUCAUCCCAGGAGGGUACCACAGCCUGUCUUCUUUGAAGAACUGCUGUGAAUUGUUGAAGCCAUCAACACUGAACUGCACUUGGAUCCUUGAUGAACUCUGAGUUCAGCUACUUCUCCAACAGAACUCUAAGUACAGAUGCUGAACUUUCUACUUCGGGGAGAAAAGAAAACACUAUUCUCCACAGAUUUGUACUUCCAUCAUGGAGUCAGCUUUAACUGGAAUGAAGAAAAACGGGAGUGCACCCUUCAGAUCUAGAGCAUCUUCCUCCCCUCCUCAGCCCCUUCCUGCUGAGAACUACUAUAGUGUCCCAAAGUGAGGUGUUGUCUCCAGUCCCCCAAAUGUCUUCCAGUCUUAGAAUUUUAGGACAUUUAACCAGAACGCAGGUAUAAAUGAUGGCACACAACGACUGGGCUGUGACUCGGCCGUACUCAUUAGUGUGAGUCUCUGAGUAAUCCAGAGUGACCCACUUUAAAAUCAUCUCAUGCGAGGUCUCUGCUUUCAUCCUGGCUGAGCUGAAAUAGCCUAACAGGGAAUCUCAGGUGGAAGAGGACCAGUCACAUAUCACCCACUCAUUACCUGCCCUGAGGAAGUCCCACAGAAAUCAGGAGUCCUUCAGGAGAGCGCCUAGACCAUUCCAAAGUUAGGUUUUCAAUGCCAUGUGCUUUGAGUUAUACCAGUCAGCUUAAGCUGAACUAUGCUGCAGUAACAAAUACUUCAAAACCCUGGUGGCUUACACGUUUAUUUUUCAAUCAUAUUAUGUGUUUAAUGGGGGCCAAUUUUGGCUAUAUUCCAUGUUGUCUUCAUUUCCAGGACCCAGGCUAAAGGAGCAGCCCCUAUGUGGGGCAUGUUCGUCUUAUGGGAGAGGGAAAAUAAAGGUGGGGACCACAUGAUGACUCUUAAAACUUCUGCUAGGAAGUGACACCCUUCACUUCCACUACAUUCUAUUAUCCAAAGCUAGUCAUGUAGCAAGCAUGAGUCAAUGGCCAUAGAUGAUUUAUCCUGUCAUUGGGAGCUAUAGCGAAUAUUUUGAAGAAAUAAUAUGAUGUACCACAUGGGUACAUAAUAUCCAUGUCUACCUUUGAGAAGUCAACCUGUUCUAGGGCAUAACUGUAAGCCUAUUCAUGUGCGAAUUUGAUUAUGUUCCUGGUGAAAAGACUGGAAAAUGGUGCUACUCUUUAGUCAAAAUCCACAUAAGGACUAUUUGAAGAAGAAAACCUUUUACUGAUACUUCCAGAAGAGCAUCAGCAUCAAACUUGUUUAAUGGGUAUCAAAGAAGAACCUUAACGGGUUCUGAGACAUAAUGUGUCUCAGAAGAAAAUUCAGAAAUGAUGGUGGGCUGCUCUUUAAGGAAAUGCUCAUCAUCAAUGCCCUUAAAAGCAUAAGGAUCACAUUUUGUGAGAAAAUGCAAACAGUAAUGACUGGAUUAAAAGGUGAUUCACGCAAAAGAAAGCAUGUGAAAAAUGUUUUGGAAUACCUUAGGUUAUUUAUAUGUUUUCCCUUUUGUUCAUGCAUAAGAGUAAUUUUUCUAAAUGCAUGUGUGACUAGUUGCUUUUUAUGUGUGUGAUGGUAGUUGGUGGUGGUGGUGAAGGAGGGAGCUAAAUGCCUACAGGACUCUUAAUCUCUGAAGUACAGUAUGCUAGGAUAUUUCUAAUUAUUCACCAUUUGAAUUUUUCUUGGAAAAAUUUUUCUUGAAACUCAAUGUGUCCUUUCAGUAUUUAGACCUUCACUUAGCAUUAUAUACUUACCUGUCUUUCCCUCCGUUCUCAGUGCUCUGGUGUCAGCCUUCAUAAAAGCCUGUGGCACAGUGUGUCAGGGAUGCCAGUUAUUCACAUGUUGGAUCUCCUUUUUAUGUUAUCGCUAUUAUUUUUCUAACUCUUUUUUUUUCUCCUUUUAACUCUUUGCAUUUUUCUAUUCUGUUUUAUUCCUAAGAAUCUCUUUCUGAGAGAAUCUCUUUGCUCUUUCUAGAGUGUCUUUCUGGCCAACUAAUUUUCAAAUUCUGUCUGUUGUCAUUACUGUUUCUUGGCUAUUUGUAGCUCUUCUCUGGGUUCCUUUUUUCUUUUUUUCAAGAAAAACUCAGUGCCUUUUUUUUUUUUUUUUUACUAUUUCAUCAAAAAGUAUCCAAUCUUAAUAAAAAGUGAUGAUGUUAUACACAGACACACAUCCUUCUUCCUACCCUGUUCACCCCAGCUCUCUUUCUAGUACCACACACCCCUGAGAUUAUUAUUGUUAAUUAGCAUAUGCACCUUUCUCCAAAAUUAUAUAAGAAAAUGGGGAAGUUGCUGUUUCUACAAAACUAGAAUGAGCUUCUUAACAUACCACCUUCAACUUCUUUACACUUGGCAAUACACUUUGGAAAUUCCUACAUGUCAUUAUAUAUUGUUCUAGCUCUAUCCCUCCUUUCCCCCUAGUGUGUGUGUGUGUGUGUGUGUGUGUGUGCAAUUCUACAUAAAUGAGAUAAUGUACAUGCUUGGGAUGGGAGGGAGUUAGACCUUUAAUUUUCUUUCCACUUGCUUCCCUCCUCCUCUCUCCUGCCCUAGCUCACCACACACAGGUAACCCAGGUUAAAUAACUUGAUUUUUUUUAACAUCACUGUACUUUUUCCUGCCCUUUUUUUCAUGUUUAGAUAAUAUUUUACAAACAUAUCCACCUAUUGAGGAUAGGGAUGAUUGUUUCACACUACACAUCUUCCUUGACUUACAAUGCAGUUAUGUCCAGAUAAACGCAUUGUUAGUUGAAAAUAUGUCAAAAUUGCAUUUAAUGCUCCUAACCUACUAAACAUUAUAACAGCCCAGCCUACCUUAAACAUACUCAGAACACUUACAUUAGCCUAAAGUCAGGAAAAAUCACCUAACAGAAAGCCUAUUUUAUAAUAAAGUGUUGAAUAUCUCA